GUCCACACUUCCUUGACCCCGGCUUGGGAAACUCAGAUCUAGCAAGUUCCUUAGAACAAUAUCCCACAAGACAUUCACUUCAAACCCUCUUGCAAACUUCCAUCCUUUCCUCAUCCUCCUCCACACAACAAUCCGCACAACAAGAAACAUGCCCGAGCUCACCAAAGAAGAAGAGCAGAAGGCCUGGGAAGAUGGUGCCAAAGCCGCACAGGAGGCCGUGAAGCAGGGCGACAUGACCCAGGAGCAAGCUGAUAAAUGGGAGGGCGCUGCUGCGCAGGGAAGAAGCUCAGACAAGAAGUUAACGGCCUGGUGGCUGGUCUUGGCGUCUCUUUAUGGAUUUGUGCAAGGAUUCAGGAAAUCGCUUAAUCACGAAUGGUAAUACCUAUAGCUUAUGAUCUGGUCUAUCACUAUAUAAUGAGCUGCUCAUCGAUCACGGCCGUAAAUGCAAAUAGUCAUGGUGUAGGUAAAGGAUUUGAAGGGUUAUUGUCUCUACAACCAGCAUCUGUUCGAUUAGCGGAGCUGUGCCAUGGCGACGGUUGGCCGCUCGGAAUGUGGGAUUGCGUCAAUAAUCAUGUACUCAUCAAAGACGUAGCCUAGUAAGCUCGAAUUACUCCAAGAAGCUCCUUCGCAUAAGCCGCCGCUGUAGCCGCCGCAUACCCCUGCCACCGGUCGUUCUUAUGGGUGUCAGAGUAAUCACAGAUCCCACGAAUCACAAGGCAUGGAAACCGGUCCAUCAAACCUGCUGCCUCCAUUUCGAAACACAUUACUCCCACUGACUCGGCUAAGAAAUCUCGAAUGUAGGCAUGCUUCAUCAAUCUAUCCGCAGAUGCGAUGAGACCGUAAUGAACGACUGGGCUAUCCGCUUCUUUGUCACGAUCGACUCGCUGGACAACAUUCUUCGUCUGGCUGAUGCAAGAUUCCAUGCAAUCCCGGGCGUCAUCGGGGUGAAUAAAUGAGGAGUCGAAGAGGACAUCCGUCUGUGGAUCAGGACGCGCGUAACUGUUUAGCCUAGGAUUGUCCCGAAUCAUUUGUGGAAUUGCCAAAGCGAUCGGGCGAUGGCCAGUUCGAUGUAUUGCUUCGAGGUCCUGUAAAGCGUUAAGAACGCUUGUUGGUGGCGAGUUAAGGUGCCCUGUGCGCUGGAAUCCGUGAUUCUGGGUCGACUUGCCGAACUCGUAAUGAACCACGCCUCCAUGCUGGUUUGCAGGCACCCCAACAACCACGUCCCCUAACCGUAUAUCAUGCUUACGGCUGGGAGCACCGCCACCAAUGCCAACCAUCAAAACCAGCUGGACUUUGGUGAAACUGCGCAUCAUGUCUUUCGCGGCGGAUGUGGCAGAUGUCGUACCGUAUUUGCCUUUUGGCAUGCACGCGAUGACGAUAUUGUGAUGACCCAUGCGACCGAAUCUGUAAAUGUUAUCAUCCGCUGAGGGUAUGUCCGACGGUCCUUUGAGGUGAUCAUCCAAGAGCUCGAUUGCAGCGACGUAUUCGAUCUGUAAGGCACAAAUCCAACCGACAUGGUAAUCGUCACAACUCUUUCCCACGCAACGGCCUUGCAGCUCCCCAUUGUUCGUGUUAUAGAUAGGCGAGCCGAUUGGGAUAGAGCUUGCUUUGCGUCUGGAAUCGAGAUAGCCAAGCAAGG